GCCAAAAUAGAGACAGGAAGGACCGAAUGAAAGCCGAUGAUGAUUGGACCAUGGCCGACGGCAAACGCCUUUUGACACACAUUUUGCCUCUCUCAAGUUUGUUUGCGUUGCGUUGCGUUGCAUAGCAUUGCACUUUUUUUCCAAGAGGGACGCCACCAUCUAUAUGCAUAGUUAUUAGCCAGGUGUGGCAGGAUAGCAGGAGCGGACAAUCAAGAGACGGCGGUUCUCGUGGGUUGUCCCUAGCCUGACUGUUUGUUGAGUCUUGCCGUGUUCAAGUCAAGUCGAGUCCAUUCAGUGUUGCCGCUGGUGCCGUUCCGGGUUGAUUGGUCAUUGGCAAGGCAACAAGACGAACCAUAACGGUCUGAUCUGAUCUGAUUUGGUCUGAUCUGAUCUGUCUGAUCUGAUUGAUUGUGGUGGACACGAAAACGACCACGAUUUGAUUUCAAUUGCUUGAUUGGACUCUAGUCAAGAACAAGUCAGUUUCUUUGGGUUGCAUUGCAUGGUUCUAUUAUUGCUGGCAGCUUAUCAGUACUAUCAACGACAACAACAACAAGCGGAAGGAAGAGAGAGUCCCUCUCUGCUGAGCCUGGAACAGUUCAAGGAGACUUUUGGAGACCGAUUGGCGGGCGUGGAGACUAUUGUGCAAAGCACGUAUUCACGCUGUCAAUCUGAGCCCAUUCCCUUAUUCCAGCCAUCUAGUCAACCACCAUCUAGUCAAGCAUACGACUAUUACUGUAUAGACGACGACGACAACAACAGUCUCAUUCCCAUGAUGGACACCAGUCAUCAUUCCUCGGCAUCUUCGAGUACGUCGUCAAAACGACGUGUGCGACCACGAGAAACAUCCAACUUGAGUUCUUCCGAACAUGGAACUGCUGUAUCCACGGCUACCACUGCCAUUGCCAUCAACUCCAAUCUACUACGAUCAACACCACGAACGUUUGUACAAGAUGACAUUCGACAAGCAUAUAUUGACGCCGUCUUUGGACCUGCCUUUUUUGCCACGAGAGCAUACCAACCACCCCGACAAGGCAUGGGAUUGGCACAAAUACCAGAAUAUGUCACUUACACGGCAUCCAUUCCACCACCACCCGUUCCCUUUGGAGGAGCCAAACUACCACUCGAACGGGAACCCAAGUUGGGAAUGACACUGUCCAAACUAGCAUUGGGAUUAUAUGUACAAAAAGUUCUACCCAAUUCCGAAGCCGCAUUGGCAGGAGUCACUGCGGGUAGUAUUUUGGUUUCCAUUAAUGGAAUGGGAAUGCUGGUAGAACCAUCCCGGCAUGCCCUCGAACGAAUAUGGCAAUACGAGGGGCUCUUUGCGCCCUCACAACAACACGACAAUCCUAUUCAACAAGACGAUGGAUCCACCAGUUCAGGUUCCAACAACAACAAUAACAAUGAACAACAACAACGACGACCCAAAAUGAACGAUCCACUGGCAUUGACACUCUACAAGGACGGACGACUCUACACGGCCCUACUAUUGUCCAAUCCAUCCUAUUAUGGCAUUCAGUGGGCAUCCUGUGGCAGUUUUUGUCUCGUCAAUCGAGCAUACUCGUACGCCAGUUCCAUUGGAGGCGUCCGACGUGGAUCGAUUGUCGCCAGUGUCAAUGGCGCGUCCCUUCGAGAAAUGGAUCAUGCGCAAUUUGGGGAACGCAUUCGGGACAUUUUUCAAGCACGAGAGGAAACGAUGCAGUUGUGUCUGGCGUAUACACCCGCCGCGGGACGCACCGGUUUUUGGGAACGACGCGCGGAAGAAGAUGUGGAGGAACUCACCAAUAAGAAGAACAAACCAAAGUCGUUUACACAGAAACGAAAUGGAAUUGAAAUUCGAGUCCAUUCGUUUGAAGAGUCGUGGCAGUCGUUGUGGGGACCACAACAGCAGCAAAAGCCGCCACCGGAACCAAAACGAGGUCCACUCUCCAAAGUAUGGAACAGUGUCACGGGUCGACGUUGCGGUGGUGGUUCUUCAUUGCCCACCAGCACGUCCUCCUCAUCGAGUGGAGAGGAAGAUUUGGCAGGGAGCGUGGCGGAAUUGGCAGGGCGGGUAGUAGAAGGACAAAUUGUGGCACCUGCGACGCAACAACACAGGUCGUGCCAUUGGAGUCGACAACAACGCAUCUAUGGACCGUGUCCCGUACUGACCAAACAAGAUCUCACGCAAACGUGGGAUCCACUCCAAGCGCUACUGUUUUGUUUGCGGGGGUAUCGACAAUUGUUGGCCAUAUUGCCCACUGACAACAACAGCAGCAAGCCCACUACCAAUGACGAUCAUGUACAAGGCUUUCCCCACAAUCAACUCUUGUCGGAAGCUGAAAUCACCCGACAAAUCAAAGAACUCUCGUCAGAAGACAUGAUUCAAACCUUUUUGUGGCAAUUUAUCAGUCUCAUUGCCUACUAUCAGAGCAACCAGGCUGGAGGCGCUUUGGAGGAAACAAUUGGCGACAAGGUGAUCCCAGCCACAACCACGGCCGCGGGAAGUGCUAGAGUCGGUGAUCCUUGGAUGGAAGAAAAGAAGGAAGAGCGAGCGGCUCCGUCCAGUACCCGCUCGACUACCACUACUAGAAAUCACUUUGCGGACGACGCCAUGCGAAAGGAUCCCUCGAGUAGUUCCCUUGGCAGCAUCAAUCAAAACAACGACUUUGGAGACGUCUUGACCAGUCUCUUGCUCAAGCUGUCGCGAAAAGACCAAGACUUUUGUCAGCGUCUCUACUUUUGCCUGCGGAGUACGUUGAAAUGCUUGGAGUGCGACACGGACAUGGCCGAACAGCCGCCAUCCUCCUACAAACAGAACAGCAACAAUCACUUGUUGGCAUUGUUCAAUUGCUUAAAGCUGCUACGAUCGGCGGAACGAGAGGCUAUUGAUGGAGGUGACCUAGGGAGCAUUAUGAGUGUAGAGCAGCAGUUGCUCACGACGUCUGGCACUACGACGGCAGAUUCCACAGCUGAUGCGUCCUAUGAUACAGCAAACCUCUCCUUUAACAGCCAGAAAUCGAACAAGGGUCGAUUGUUUGGGAAGCUGUUUCGGAAGAAGAAAAGCAAACGGAAGGGAUUGGAUAUGGAUAGCUCCAUGGAAUCAUUAGCACAAGAUCCACAAACGCCAGUGUCUCCAAAGAAACAGUUAUCCCAGCUUGUACCAUCCCCUCGGAAACUGUCGCCACGAAAGGCUCCGCGACCAUCCCAUCAGCUUCAGUUACCGCCACCACCAAUGCUGACACCGUUGUUGGAGAACAUGUCGGAGUUUGUGAAGGAGCUAGAUGGCAUCUGCACGUCCAUUGAAAAGCGAUUGCUCAAGUCAAUGUCGCAAAAGAUUACCGACUGGGCAUUGCAACCAUGGUCUGCGUCCAAGAGCACCGUCUUGACCAGUCUGACCGAAGGAAUGCGACAAUCUCUGGGAAAACACAACGGGAGCGUCGUCGCGGACGAAUCGCCAUCGAAAACGUGUACCGGAACUCGUCGAAAGCAUCGGUCAAAUGCUCUACCAGCGAAACCCUUUUGUUUGGUCAAUCCUCUGGACUCUCAAGAGCUCCUUGUAGGCAUUGACGAGAAAGAAUGCUACAUACUCCCGAGCGCACAUUUCCCGAUCCUCUUGACCUUUGAUGCGAUAGAUCGACAACCCCUUGUUGGACCGCUGGUGCAAGAACCCUCGCUGCUGCAACGAGGCCGAGAUCGCUGCUACCGAGUAGUCGUUGAGAUUUGCAGUCUCUCGUCGUCAGCAUCCCGUCUCGUGCUACAUGGCGCCGUCGGUGGUGUCAUCCAGGAAUCCGUCUCGUCGUUGCAACAUGGUGGCAAAGCUCAUGGCUUUCGGCAAAAGCUACAAUUCGAAACCCGGUCGUCGUGGGGAGCACCUCGGACGCUUUCGCUACGACUAUCCAGCGUCCCUGAAGACAGCGAGGACUAUGGCAUGGAUAGUAGCGGCAACUACACGGCAACAGACGGUGGCUUUGGGUGGGUCGACCUAGCUCCUCUCUGGGAUCGCUUGGAGCGAUUUCAAGAACCAGUUUCCUUUUGUACGGCCAAGAUCUACGCGAUGGGGAGUCAUGGCUUUGACGAACAGGGGGAAUUCAUGUCUCUGAGUCCACGAGGAGGACGGGUUCGUCCGAUGCGCUUGGAAUGCAAAGUAACUACGCAACUUGUCAGUGACGAUACGUUGGAGCAGGCGCAAACCAUGCCUCUCCACAGACGCCUACUCCUGUACAAGCACGACGAUGAUCUCCGACAAGAAGCCUUUGCAAUUCAAUUCGUCAAGACGUGCGACACCAUCCUGAAAGCUUCUGGCCUAGACUUGAAGUUGUUGACCUUUGGCUGCAUCCCUGUUGGCGCCAACCGUGGUUUCAUCGAAUGGGUAGAAGGCAGCGUCCCAUUAUCAGACAUUUGCCAAAAGCCCUAUUCGUCGUUCUUUGGCACAACGUCUAGUGCUGCCACAACCGCAACGAGCAGCAAUGACGACAACAAGGGAGACGAAAACGACGAGGACAAUGAUAACAAAGCUGGAGCGGAUGGCGACGAUGGAGAUGACUUGUCCAUUGUUGUAAAGGCCGGAAUGUCAAACUACGAGUCUGUGUACUACAUGGGCAUGGUGGGCUUGGGUGUGGGCAAUGCGGCCGCCUCUGCUAUCAAGAGUGCAAACCGUCGUCGCCCCUUUCUCGGUCCUCGAGGUUCCCUUGCCAACAAUCCGAUCCAAGACUUUUUGCGAAGCAUUGCAUACGAUCCUGAGGCUCCGUAUUUUGUCGGCCGUGCCGUGAUGGACAACUACGUCAAGUCUUGUGCUGGCUACUGUGUCAUCACGUACUUGCUUGGCGUCGGUGACCGUCACCUGGACAACUUGUUGAUCCACAACCAGACAGGAAGCUUCUUUCACUGCGACUAUUCCUUCCUCUUUGGAAAGGACCCCAAGAAGUACUUGCCAGUGAGAGUCACGGAAGACAUGAUAUUUGGAAUGGGAGGUCGUGAAAGCGACAACUAUGCCAAAUUCCUUUCCUUUACCGGAUGUGCAUUUGUGACAUUGCGUCAACCGGAGAACGUUCGCCUGCUGCUCUCCUUGUUGCGAAUCAUGGAGGCGGCUCGCCUUCCGGAUGUCAUUGCUAGUGACGGUGCUGUGGAAGUGGCUUUGGGUCUGCGCAAGCGUCUACGGUUGGACCUCACCGAAGAACAGGCUGUUGCCUACAUGGAGGAAAUGAUUGAAUCUAGCUUGUCCUCCAAGAUUUGGAUGGCAGUGGACGCUAUCCAUUCGUUGGGAAAACGAUUCUGAGCUGUUCAUCUCGUUUGUACCUAUGCCAAGCUCUCUUUCCUCGAUUGCUUUUGCGAGGCAGCUCAUUUUUCAUAAGUAGAUAUAGAACUUUGCUUAAAAUUGCAACCUUACAUUCUCCGUGUCU